AUGGGCGACAUUGCCCAAUUGGAAGGUUUCCGGAAGGCCUUCGUGGAUAUCAGCAAGAAGUUCGGUUUCAGUUUUCCAGAGGAGAAGCAAGCCUUAUUGACUCCGACAUCUGGCUCUUACCGUAUACGACAUCUAGGAUCCUAUUGGGGUAUCGAAGAUGGUGUACUCAA